AUGCGACUCUAUUCUGCUCAGCUGAGUCAAGCGCUUGUUUCAAUGACGAAGGUAGCGGGAAAAGGUCUGGUUGACCGGGAGAGAUUUCCUCUUCAAACUUACCAAGGAGGUCGUUAUCACUCGCCUAUGGACUCAGUCUCAGCCUACCACCAACAACGCCCAGGUUCUUUUGCGCCUGGUCCCCCGAUCUCCGCGCACAACAACUUAGAUCAGUUUCACACCAGUCUCCAGUCUCCGCCUAGUCCCCCGAUCCGCACUCAGAAUCACUUGAAUCAGUCUUACACCAGUCCCCAAUCUCUUCUUCAUUCUUGGACGUGUGGUCAAAACCACGCUGUUCCUCAAAUUCCAGUCCAGUUUCAUGAAAGUCAUCAUACACGGAAUGACAGAAUAUUUCGACAAGCCUCCACAACAAAUGUUUCCGGCUCAACGCGAUUUAUUCCGCACAACAAGCCAGCUGACUCUUUCAACCACUAUGACGCCGCCAACUGUCUACAGAGCCUGGCUACAGCCGCUGUACUUCAACCUGCAGGUACAAAAUCUAAACGGAAAAGCUUGGAAGGACUUGAGUCUCAAAGUAAGCGUCAACGGACGGUAUUACAUCAGACAUCACCAGCUGAAGAAAAGAGAUCGGUUGAGGAGAUUACGCUAGCUGAGGACGAGACAUCGGUUGAAGAGGAUAAGCUAGCUGAGGACGAGACGUCGGUUCAAGAGGAUAAGCCAGCUGAGGAAGAGACAGCUCAGACGCCAGAUAAAGAAGAGAAACCGGUCGAAGAGCCGAUUAAGGACGAGAUUGUGUGCGCCUCAAGGACAGUCAUUAGUAUCGCAGGCUUCACUCGUUAA